CACUGAAACCAAAGAGGCCUGGCGCAAAAGGAGACCUACGACACUGAAACCUGACUUCUCAGUAUCAUGGAGCACAACUCCCAUACGUUUGAGCCGGAGGUGCGUCUGAAGCUCAUGAACGAGGCGGGGACCAAGGUGGCAGUGCCCCCCAAACCAAAGGUCGCAGAACGAGAACACUGGGGCAACAAGAUCGAGUUUGUCCUGGCGGUGGCUGGACACAUCAUUGGCCUCGGAAACGUCUGGAGGUUUCCGUAUCUCUGCUACAAGAACGGAGGAGGGGCGUUCUUUGUGCCCUACGUCCUUUUCCUCUUCACCUGUGGAAUCCCUCUCUUCUUUCUGGAAACUUCUCUGGGCCAGUAUACCAGUCAGGGCAGCAUAACGUGCUGGAGGAAGAUCUGCCCUCUCUUUGAAGGCCUGGGGUACGGGAGCCAAGUCGUUGUUCUGUACACUGGGGUCUAUUACAUCAUCAUCCUCGCCUGGGCCUUCCUGUAUCUUUUUAACUCCUUCAGUGCCACGCUGCCAUGGGCUAGCUGCAGAAACAACUGGAAUACAGAGCACUGUGUAGAAUUUAGCCAAGACAACAGCACAGAGAUUUCGACUGAGAAAACAACAUCCCCCGUAAUUGAAUUCUGGGAGAGACGGAUUUUGGGUUUGUCAGGGGGGAUUGAGGAGCUGGGUAAUGUUAGGUGGGACUUGGCCCUGUGUCUUCUACUUGCCUGGAUCAUCUGUUACUUCUGCGUAUGGAAGGGCGUGAAGUCCACAGGCAAGGUGGUGUAUUUCACUGCUACAUUCCCUUAUCUGAUGCUACUGGUUCUACUGGUGCGUGGACUGACGCUGCCUGGAGCCCUGGAUGGCAUCAAGUUCUACCUUUACCCAGAUCCGGCACGCCUGGCUGACCCUCAGGUGUGGAUGGACGCUGGAAGUCAGAUAUUUUACUCCUAUGGAGUGUGCACAGGAGUUCUGACUGCCCUGGGAAGCUACAACAAAUACAACAACAACUGCUACAGAGACUGUGUGUACUUGUGCCUGUUGAACAGUGGGACUAGUUUUGUGGCAGGAUUUGCCAUCUUCUCUGUUCUGGGCUUCAUGGCCUACGAGCAGGGAAUGGACAUCUCGAUGGUGGCCGAGUCAGGUCCUGGUUUGGCUUUCAUCGCUUACCCGCGUGCAGUGGCCUUGAUGCCUGUGCCUCAGUUAUGGGCGAUUUUCUUCUUCAUCAUGAUCAUCUUCCUCGGCCUGGAUAGUGAGUUUGUGUAUCACGAAGCCCUGGUGACGGCCAUCUCGGACAUGCAGCCCUCCUUCUUCAAUGUGGGUCAUCGGCGCAAACUGCUCCUGCUCGUCAUCAGCGUGUGCAGUUUCCUGAUCGGUCUGGCCAUGGUCACCGAGGGUGGAUUGUAUGUUUUCCAACUAUUCGACUACUAUGCGUGUAGCGGAAUGACCCUCCUGGUUUUUGCCAUCCUGCAGUCCGUAUGUGUGGGAUGGGUUUAUGGUGCACAUCGGCACUAUGAGAACGUUGAGGACAUGAUUGGCUAUCGCCCCUGGCCAAUCAUCAAGUACUGCUGGCGUUACAUAACCCCGGUCAUCUGCACAGGCACCUUCAUCUUUUCUCUGGUCAAGUACACACCUCUGAAGUUCAACAACAUCUACGAGUACCCGUGGUGGGGUUACGCUAUUGGUGGAUUUUUCACCCUGUCCUCCACGCUACUGGUACCUCUGUGGAUGGUUUAUGCUGUGUGUGUCACACCUGGAUCGAUGCGUCAGAGAGUGAAGGCCCUGUGCACGCCGGCAGAGGACCUACCGAAUCCAAAGUCCCCAAAGCAGCCGUUGGCACCCGCCACAUUCGAUACCUUCACUGACCUCAUGACCCUGCGAUCUGUCCACACGAGCUCUCCUGUCGACUCAUUACGACAGACUGGUCCCCUGUAA